GCUUUUUAAAACUUCAGAUAGAAAGCACGAGAAGAGCCAGACCGCUCCCCCGCUGACCCACCCAGUUUAAAUCACCCGACGAUAACAAGAGAGAAAGUAUAAGAAUUAAAAGAGAGAGGAAAGGGUUCAGUUUGGCGGCAAGGCGAGGCAAGUAGGCAACGGGGAGCAGGUGGUGAGAAAGGGGAGGAAAGAGAGACAUGACGUCCGGGAACGAUGAUGACCAAAGCAAUCAGAUGGCGUUGUAGCGUCUCCUCUGCUCUUCCUCCUCUUCCUCCCUUGCCGUGACGGUGAAGAUGACGAUGAAGAAGAGGCUGCCGCCGUCGUCGUCGCCGUCGAUCCGGCAGCACUUCUGGUUGGGUCUGCAGCUGGUUCUCUCCCUCUCCGUCCUUGUCUGCGUCCUUGCCCUCCUUCGCAUCAACUCCCAAUCCGAAUCCUCUGCCUCCGCCUUCUCUUCCUUUGGACGGUCCUCCUCCGUCCAAGGGACUCCCAAGAUCGCCUUCCUCUUCCUUGCUCGCUUCAAUCUCCCUCUCGAUUUCCUCUGGCACGCCUUCUUCGAGAAUGCCGAGGAGCGCAACUACUCGAUUUACAUACAUUCCGAGCCGGGUAUCGUCUUCGAUGAGUCGACCACGAGUUCCCCCUUCUUUUAUGGCCGUCAGCUCAGGGGGAGCGUCAAGGUGGCAUGGGGAGAGUCGAGUAUGGUUGACGCGGAGCGCUUGUUGCUUGCAGCUGCACUUGAGGAUCCUGCGAACCAACGCUUUAUUUUAAUCUCUGACAGUUGUGUUCCUCUUUACAACUUCAGCUACAUAUAUGGCUACUUGAUGUCGUCUUCAAAAAGUUUUGUGGACAGCUUUCUUGACAAGAAGGAAAAACGCUACAAUCCUAAGAUGUCUCCUGCCAUUCCCAAAGACAAAUGGAGAAAAGGAUCCCAGUGGAUAACCUUAGUUAGAAAACAUGCCGAGGUUGUCAUUGCUGACAAUGCUAUCUUUCCAGCAUUCAAGAGAUAUUGCAGGCGACGAUCAGCACUAGACCCUGGGAGAAAGCAAAAUAUUAAAGCAGUUGUCCAGAAGCAACAUGAUUGUAUUCCAGAUGAACACUAUGUGCAGACACUAUUAUCUAUGAGUGAUCUUGAAGAUGAACUAGAGCGAAGAACUUUAACUUAUACUUUGUGGAACCAAUCUUCAAAUGAUAAGACAAGACAAAGUUGGCAUCCUAUGACAUUUGAAUAUGUUGAUGCGAGCCCUCAGCACAUAAAUGAAAUAAGGAAUAUCAACCAUGUAUACUACGAGACAGAAUACCGAACAGAGUGGUGCCAAUGCAAUGUUGCAUUUGUUCCCUGCUUCUUGUUUGCAAGGAAAUUCUCCCGGGGUGCUGCCAUACGCCUUCUGAAUGAGGGAUUAGUUGGGCCUUUUGACACUUCUGCUUUGUUAUUUAGUUCAUCGUGAUCAUAAUAGCUCUCCUCUCAUAUAAUAAUUCUAUACGGAAAGUAGCCUGGUGCUCGCCUAGCCACGCCAUCUCGGCCUUUACAUACUUACAGUCACAUUACACUGACAUUGCAGCGGCAAAAUAGUUUUGGCUUCUACAAUCUCCAAAUAGUCUACAACCAUCCAAGUGCGAACACAUCCCACCAUACAGCCUGAGGAUAUUAACAAGAAACAUGCAGUCCGACCAAUUGGGUACAAAAUCUGAAACAAUUAUUUAUCUAUCAGAGCUGUUCUUGGACAAGAUGAUGCAGGACUAUGCAGUAUACAACGUUAAUACCAAACAUGGCAAGAGUGGUAAAGCUGCCACCUACCAAACUGUUUACUGUUGUAUGAGUUCAUUACUGCCGUUAACUAAUUUUUUUAUGUUAAGUUAGUUUUUUAUAGUUCAAGGUGAAAAGCUUCAUUAACAUCACAUUUCUGUUACUUAUUGUCCUGACAUCUGCUUGUUUUUAGAACAAUGGGUAAAUGUCUAGGGGUAAAAUGGGCGCAAACUGAUUGAUUGGCCAGAAGUCUUUGACUUCAAAAGAAUAACUGCUCUUAACCA